AUGACAGCGCGAAAAGAACGGGCAGCGCAGGAAGCUGUGAUACAGAACCUGCGCGCAGAGGGUCAAGCACUACAGAAGAGGUUGGCGACCGUGGUCUCAGAAUACGGUCUAUACUUGAAGAGGUCCAACGGCGCGAGCGAGCUUGUUCGCAGCGAAGUAAUGAAAUCACAAAAUACGACUACAGUCACUGUCCCUGGAACUGCAAGCAAGGAUGCCAUGAUAAUCCCAACUAACAAUGCCAUGGAUGCGGUUAUACUGGUUCUCAUCGAUGGGAUGAGCCACAUGGUUCAUGACCACUUGUACAGCAACGAUGGAGGUGCGGAAACUGCGAUGCGUCUUCGCGCUGUUGUGCGCGAGAAGCUUGCAGCAGUACUUCCCGCCAUCGCGCGGAGCGGGCGGUAUCAAAUCGUUAUCAAGAUCUUUGCUCAUUUGAAGACACUUUCACACCAUGUCAUCGGUGGAAAGAGACCUUUGGCAGUCCACUUUGCCGAGUUUAUGAAAGUUAGUCCGUUCUUUGACUUUGUGGACACGGGUGACGAGAACCAGGUGUCGAUAAGAAUUAGUGAAAACCUUAAAUUACACAUGGCGAGUGGACAAUGCAAGCACGUAUUUUUCUGUGCGGGUGGAUCACCAAGAUAUCAUGACACAUUGAGUCGCCAUCUUGCACAGAAGGAGAAAGUGACAAUAGUCACCGGCUUGGUUGUUGAUGAGAAAAUCCGUAGGCUUGGCUUGCGUACAGUGUCGUUCGCCAACGUCUUCAAAGCAAGCCAGCUGAACUAUGGAGUUAUCGACACUACGACCAAGCCAACUUCUACCAAGGCUCCAGCGGAUUUGAUUACGCCCAGGAUUUCGAAUACCUCCGUCACUGCUGUGCCGACUAAAGGUCCCACCAAUGUCAGCCUAGUCACCAAGGAAGUAGAUGUGCCUUCUCUUCCAUCACCCCUACCCACGCAAGCUCGCUACGGUCUUGUUCCUACCAAUCUAGCGAGGCAGCGACUCGAUGUUCGGAUGCAAAUUCCAACUCCUGCAGAGCUUCAGGCCUACAAAGAACGUACCAAGGUCCUGGAGCUCUGUAUUGAUUUCCACUUACAUGGAAACUGUAUCGCAAGCGAUUGUAUGCUAUCCCAUGGCAGCCCUCUGAGUCCAGAAGUCUACAAUGUUUUGGAAUACAAAGCACUCGGAACAUCAUGUUCCAAAGGGAGUGAAUGCCGAAGCUUAGGUUGCAUCAACGCGCAUGUUUGCCAGAAAGAGGAGUGCGCUCGCGCGGGCGGGAAGGCAGCCUUGUGCGGGCUGACAGAUGCUAUGCAUUAUGUGAGUCCGCACGUCGCUGAGUGGGUUGUAGGAUAUGAUGACGCUGUGCAGAGCGACUCACCGGUUCAGGGUGAUGUUAUCUCUAUUGCUGGACCCCGGGUAGAUGGUGGUGGCUCAGCGGCGUCUUGGACUACGCGUCUGGACGAGCUUUUAUCCUGA